GGCUCCGGGACGCGUUUAUAAACGCAUUGCGCAGACGCGCCCGGAUCCGCCGUCGCGCUUCUGCGGGGAGAAAUCAAACCACACGAACUCCAGAUUUUCAGAGGAUCCAACCAAAGUCUGCUCAGACUCGGAAGUGCGCCGCAGAUCGAGGCGCGAGGACGUCCGAUCCAGAUCUUUACCUGCAGCCUAUUGAAUAAAUGACAUCCAGCAUCACCUUCAGCUUUGAAUUAACGUACUCAUUUCCUGCGUUGUGAUUGGCUCGCCUCUGCCCCUUCCUCCGCUCUCAUUGGCCGCUUGGGAUUAAGUCAUAUCUGUUACUGCCGGCCCCAGUGAAGCGGCUGGAAACAUGGAGCCCAUGUACGCCACAGGCAUGGCGGCGAAGCUGCGGAGUCAGUGGGACCGGGACGCCGGUUUGGGUCAGAACCACAAUGCUCUGAAGUUCUUGGGGCAGGAUUACGGCUCGCUGAGGGCCCAGUGCCAGCAGACCAGGACCCUGUUUGAGGACCCGCUGUUCUCGGCCAGCGCUGCUUCUCUGGGAUUCAAUGAACUGGGUCCAAGGUCCUCCAAGACGCAUGGCGUGCGGUGGAUGAGGCCGACGGAGAUUUGCAUGCGUCCUCAGUUCAUCAUGGACGGAGCGACUCGUACCGACAUCUGUCAGGGAGCUCUGGGCGACUGCUGGUUGCUGGCGGCCAUCGCGUCUCUGACCCUGAACGAUGACCUCCUGCACCGCGUGGUGCCGCACGGACAGAGCUUCGACGGAGGAUACGCCGGGAUAUUUCACUUUCAGUUCUGGCAGUUCGGCGAGUGGCUGGACGUGGUGAUCGACGACCGCUUGCCGGUGAAGGACGGGAAGCUGCUGUUCGUUCACUCGGCGGAGGGCGGGGAGUUCUGGAGCGCUCUGCUGGAGAAGGCCUACGCCAAGCUGAACGGCUGCUACGAGGCUCUGUCGGGCGGCAGCACCUCUGAGGGCUUCGAGGAUUUCACAGGAGGAGUCACGGAGAUGUACGAGUUGAAGAAAGCGCCCGCCGAUCUCUUCAGCAUCAUCGGCCGCGCCGUCGAGAGAGGAUCUCUCCUGGGCUGCUCUAUAGACAUCACUAGUAAGUUUGACAUGGAGGCGGUGACCUUCAAGAAGCUGGUCAAAGGUCACGCGUACUCGGUGACUGGAGUGGAAGAGGUGGUGUACAGGGGAAACAUGACUAAGCUGGUGCGCGUCAGGAACCCGUGGGGUGAGGUGGAGUGGACCGGAGCCUGGAGCGACGACUCUCGGGAAUGGGACAAUGUGGACCGCUCUGUCCGGGGCAGAUUACAGAAUCGCAGUGAGGAUGGAGAGUUCUGGAUGUCGUUCAGUGAUUUCCUGCGUGAGUUCACUCGGCUGGAGAUCUGUAACCUGACAGCAGACGCUCUCCAGGCGAGUCAGGUGAAGAAAUGGAGUACGUCACUGUAUCAGGGCGAGUGGAGGAGAGGAAGCACGGCCGGAGGAUGCAGGAACUUCCCAGCCACGUUCUGGAUCAACCCUCAGUUCAAGGUGACCCUAAAACACCCGGAUUCUCCCGGCCAAUCGGAUUGCAGCUUCCUGGUGGCGCUGAUGCAGAAAGACCGCAGGAAAAAACGGAGAGAAGGACAGGACAUGGAGACCAUUGGAUUUGCCAUUUAUGAGGUGCCAAGAGAGUUCGUGGGGAAGUCCGGUGUUCACCUGAAGCGGGAUUUCUUCCUGUCUCACGCGUCCAGCGCUCGCUCGGAGCUCUUCAUCAAUCUGCGGGAGGUGAGCUCGCGCUUUCGGCUGCCCGCCGGCGAGUACAUCAUCGUACCCUCCACCUUCGAGCCGCAGAAAGAGGCGGACUUCGUGCUCAGGGUGUUCUCAGAGAAACCUGCCAACUCAGAAGAAAUGGAUGAUAAAGUGACGGCUGAUAUUCCUCCGGAGCACCGUCUGGAUGAGAGCCAGAUUGACGCCGGGUUUAAGAGUCUCUUCAGACAGCUGGCCGGAGCGGACAUGGAGAUCAGCACCACGGAGCUGCAGACCAUCCUGAACCGAAUCAUCUCCAAACAUAAAGAUUUAAAGACGGACGGCUUCGGGAAGGAGUCGUGCAGAAGCAUGAUCAACCUCAUGGACACGGACGGCAGCGGGAAGCUUGGACUCACAGAGUUUCACGUGUUGUGGGAAAAGAUUAAACGCUACCUGCAAAUCUUCCGAGACCAUGACGUGGAUAAGUCAGGCACUAUGAGCUCUUAUGAGAUGAGGAGAGCUCUGGAGGCAGCAGGCUUUAAGCUGAACAAUCAUCUGUUCCAGCUGAUCAUCCUUCGCUACACCGAGGAAGAUCUGUCUGUGGAUUUCGACAACUUCGUCACCUGUUUAGUGCGUCUGGAGACCAUGUUCAAGACCUUCACGACGCUGGACACGGAUGCCGAUGGAUUCAUUUCGCUCACGUUCUUUCAGUGGAUUUCUCUGACCAUGUUUGCCUGAAAUGGACGCAGGUUUCCGCCGAUCGUCUGCACUGAGACCGUCUUUUUUUUCUCUAGAGUGCCUUCUUCUUCUUCACUUCUCCAGUGCAUCUCUAUGGGAUAACCAGCCUUAAUAAUACAACCCCGUUUACGUAGUCUACAGGAAAAACACUGUGCCAAACGCAUCUCUAAAGCCAAGGGAAAAACCUCGACAGAGCGUUUACAUCGUUUCUGCACUUAGCUGCAUGCAUUUCUUCAGGAGAAACCUGUUCACGCUUUCUGUGCCAAACCAAUUUCAAUCGUUCUUCAUUUUUAGCACUAUUUUACGAUCUUUUAGCGAAUGUCCUGUCUGAAUGUUGCGUGCAUAAAGACCGCUGUAUUAGAAAUAUGCAUGUGCUGAUGAUACUGUAGCUUUAGGGGCUGAAUUUCGUGCAUGCGGUUGUUUUAUUAGACCGUUUACAGUGUGCCGAGAAACCAAAGGAUCUUUUAACAAGCCAAAAGGGACAUGCGUGCGUUUUAAAACUGCCAUAUACAAUCAUUUAGUUCUGUGUUAUGAACAAUGCAAAACAUGCAUUUAAUACAAUCUAGACAGAACUGGGAACAGAUUAAAUCUGUCUUUUUAUUUAACAAGACAGCACUUUCUAAAAGGUGGAGGAUAUUCUUUUCCCCCCUCAAUGCCAAGCAAAAUGUUUUACGUGUUUUAUGUUUUUUUCACUGUUGAUUCAUUUAUUUGGGUUUUUAAUAAACUUUCUUUUAACGUU